UGUGUUUUUUUCUGUUUCCUUCUUAAAUUUUAAAUAGUUGAAGAACAAGAUCCUAACUGGGACAGCAGGAAUUAGGGGCGGCAGCUAGUGUACAGAUGCAAACAGUCUCAAGGGAAGGAAUCGAAAAUCAACAGGCGGAGUUAGCCCUCUGAGCUAAUGCGUAAAAACACAGAAUCCAUGAUCUCAGUGUGAACCAAGAUGGGCCACACAGUUGUUAUUCCCAUAGUGCCGACUUCUUAAAUCCACGGUGACACUUCUCGGACAGAGAGCCGGUGAAGGAGAGAACAGUGACGGAGCAAAAGACGACAGCAGAUCGAAACUUAGCACUCAUGGCUGCAUUUCUGUUCCUGUUGUUCCUUCUGUCUGAAGCAGCUUCUGAUUUGAUCAUGUUAUCAGUGCACCCUGGAGAGGAUGCCAUUCUGCCAUGCAGGGCCGCUGACGUCCCCAUCAGAGCUGUAGAGUGGACCAGGCCUAACCUGGAGCCACCACAGUACGUCCUCUUCUACAGAGAUGGACACUUGGACACAACCCACCUACAUCCAUCCUAUAAGGGCAGAGUGCAGCUGCUGGACAGACAUCUGAAGGAUGGAGACGUGUCUUUAAUUCUGAAGAAUGUCAGGAGACACGACAGAGGAACAUACGAGUGUCGAGUAGCAUCAGUUGGUUUCACACGUACAAAGAGAGCAAUCCUUGACUCGGAGCCAAUCAGAACCAUCCAACUGCAGAUUACAGAUUCAAACAGUGGACAAUCCAAGGAUGAAAACUCCACUCCUGUAGGCCUAUACAUUGGAUUGGGAGUAUUUUUUGCACUGCUUUUUUUAACUUGACUGUUAAUGGUGGACAGAUGGCUAUUUCAGUUAGAUUGGAUUGGAUUAGAUUAGAUCAGAUUCAACUUUAAUGUCAUUGUGCAGAGUACAAGUACGAAGACAACGA